AUGGAAGACUAUGGAGAUCAGCCAUUGUUGAAGAAACACUACUAUCAUGAAAAUUGUCCUGGUUGUAAGGUGGAUCAAGCCAAGGAAUUGAAACAGGAUGUUACAUUCAGAAAUGUUUUCACUAUAUGGAUUGUUAUUUUAUGCAGCACUCUUCCUAUAGCUUCUCUAUUUCCCUACCUUUAUUUCAUGGUAAAAGAUUUUAAUAUUGCUGAAACUGAAGAAGAUAUCAGUUCCUAUGCUGGUUAUGUAGGAUCUGCAUUCAUGGUUGGAAGAGCAUUGACUUCCAUAUUGUGGGGAAUGGUAGCCGAUCGCUACGGUCGAAAACCUGUUGUCAUUAUAGGAAUUAUUUCUGUUGUAAUUUUCAACACACUAUUUGGCCUUUGCACAAGUUUUAGGAUGGCUAUUAUAAUGAGAUUUCUUCUUGGAGCUUUAAAUGGUUUGGUUGGACCAAUGAAGGCUUAUUCUUCUGAAAUAUUUAGAGAAGAGUACCAAGCUUUAGGACAAUCAACGGUUGCAGCUGCUUGGGGAGUUGGUUUGGCCUUUGGACCAGCAUUGGGAGGCUAUUUGGCUCAGCCAGUCCAAAAAUAUCCAAAUAUAUUUCCAAAGGAUUCCUUUUGGGAUAAGUUUCCAUACUUCCUACCUUGCUUCAUUGUAUCAGCUAUGGCACUUGCAGUUCUAAUUUCCUGCAUUUGGUUACAGGAGACACUUCAUAACCACAAAACUGAAGCUUUGGAAAAUAGAACCAAUGAGACCGACAAAAACAAGAUGAUCCAAAAAGAUGAAAGCCUUCUAAGAAAUUGGCCCUUAAUGUCAUCUAUUAUUGUUUAUUGUGUUUUCGCAAUUCAUGACAUUGCUUUUAUUGAGAUUUUCUCAUUAUGGAGUGUUAGUCCUCGAAGGUUGGACGGUUUGAACUUUGAAACUAAUGAUGUUGGGAGUGUUCUUGCACUAGCAGGUGUAGCUAUUAUAAUAUUCCAGCUUGGCAUAUAUCAAUCGGUCCAAAAAAUUUGUGGACCUAUUGUCCUUGCUCGCAUCGCAGGGGUGUUAUCGAUACCAAUCUUGCAAAGCUUCCCCUUCAUGACAAUGUUGUCUGGCUUUACGUUGAACAUAUCGAUAUAUAGUGCUGCUAUUCUAAAGAAUCUUUUCAUUGAAGUAAUUUCUACUGGUUUAUACAUUCUGCAAAAUAAAGCAGUGGAUCAACACCAAAGAGGUGUAGCAAAUGGCAUUUGCAUAACUGCUAUGUCUGCAUGCAAGAUAAUUGGUCCAGCGGCAGGGGGUGCUAUAUUAACUUGGUCACAAAAACUAGGGAUGCAUGCUUCUUUCCUCCCGGGCCCUCAUCUGGUCUUCUUUGGGCUCAAUCUUGUUGAAGGACUUGCAUUGUUGUUGACAUUCAAACCAUUUUUGAUUGAAAGAAAAACACCCUCAGAACAGUUGUAUUGA